UUACAUCAACCGGUUAUUCUUUUGUUAGGAACAGAGCGACACGUGAAAACCAGCAUAUUGUGAGGUAUCCAUUUGUACAGUGUAUACACCAGUGUAUAGUGAUGUUUGGACGACCGGUACAAAUCGCAAAGGAUUAACAAAAGUCCAGAACAAAGUCAAGUAUGGAACUUAAGGACAGUUUCCUGUUGGUUGCCGCCAUUGAUUUCGGAACUACAUACAGUGGUUACGCCUACUCCACUCGACAUGAUUUCGAAACCGAUCCCUUGAUUAUAAAUUUAAUGACAUGGAAUGCGGGAUCUGGGGGACUCGCGUCUCAAAAAACAUCCACCUGUGUUCUAUUUAAGCCAGAUAAGAUAUUUCAUUCCUUUGGGUAUGCUGCUGAAGAUUUUUAUAAUGACCUGGUACUGGAUGAUGACCAAAAAGGCUGGUAUUUCUUUCGCCGCUUCAAAAUGGAUUUGUACAAAAAGCAUAUCAACCGAGAUCAGAUGCUGAAAACAUCAGAUGGAAAGGAAAUGUCUGCAGUCACGGUAAUAUCAGCUGUGAUAGCCUACCUGAAGGGUCACUUGAUGGACACGAUAAAAAAUCGUGCAGUCGAUGUUCCGGAGUCAGAAAUCAGAUGGGUGGUGACUGUUCCCGCUAUAUGGACUGACCCGGCCAAACAGAUGAUGCGAGAGGCAGCCGAAAAGGCUGGAAUUGUGAGAAAUCAGUUAAUCCUAGCGUUAGAACCCGAGACUGCAUCGAUGCUUUGUAAACACCUUCCCGCAGUUCAUCUUCUCUCAGGAGACCGCACAGACAAAGUUGAAACAUUCCGAUCAGGAUCAAAGUACAUGGUUUUCGAUGCUGGGGGUGGUACCAUUGAUAUCACUGUACAUGAAGUGCUGGAGGGAGGAUUUCUAAAAGAAAUUCAUGCAGCUAAUGGCGGCGACUGGGGAGGGACCAAGGUGGACGAAGCCUUAGAGGAAUUACUGGAGAGUAUUGUCGGCAAGGCUGCAUUUGAACACUUCAGGGCUAAUGAUAUACCGAGUGUCAUAGACUUGCACAGGAAUUUCGAGGUAAAAAAAAAGACGUAUACAGGUAAGGAUGUUGGAACGAAAACAACGUUAACUGUUCCUCAUUCGCUACUUGAAUCAUUCACAGCGUACAAUCCAGGAAAACCUAUAGCUGACGCUAUUGAAAUUAAUCACUGUUCAACAGACGUUGAAUGGAAGCGGAACAAAGUGCGUCUUUCUCAAAAGAAAACACUAUCUUUGUUUGAACAAUCGUUAAAGCACAUCACCGAUCACAUGUCCGAUAUCCUCAGUAAACCGGAGGUUAAGGAUUGUGAGGCUAUCCUGAUGGUGGGUGGAUACUCCGAAUGUCCACUUCUCCAGGACGCCAUCAGAACCGUCGCCGGAGACAUCCGUCUGAUCGUCCCUAGUGAUGCGAGCCUGGCCGUACUGAAGGGAGCCGUGAUCAACGGACACUGUCCUGAUACAGUGUCAGAGCGGAUAUGUAAAUACACAUACGGGAUACAUACACGUUUUUCAUUCAGGAAAGAUGGGUAUGAUAAAUAUCGGAUCGUUGAUGAGGAUGGGGAGAUUCAAUGUGAACAUUGUUUCAGCAUAUUGACCAAAAAAGGAUUGCCUGUAAAGAUUGGAAUAUCUUCAAUAACUAAAUCAUUUACAGUAGGAUAUUCAGGAGCUAAAUAUAUUACGUUCAUAAUGUAUGCUUCAACAGCUGAAAAUCCUAAAUAUGUUACUGACGACAGUUGUCAGAAGAUAGGAGAAAUGACACUGCAAAUGCCCGAUACAUCGUUAGGCGAAUACAGAGGAGCAAACGUAACGAUGUACUUCGGGGGCUCAGAGAUUGAACUCACUGCUGUAGACAUACACACUGGACGUAAAAUCAGUGCUUGCGUUGACUUCCUUGGCUAAAACAAUUUUCUUUGCAACUCGCACGGAAGGGUUUUAUGUCAUCUUAACAGUAGUAACCUAUCAUUUAACAUAGUUAUUUACUUGUUUGAAGAUUCCAAAAGACGUACUAUUGUUCUGAUAGUAUUUUUGUUAUAACACAAUCAAAUCACGUAUUAUUUUUCUAUCAUAUUGUCCUGAUAGUAUUUUGGUUAUAACACAAUCAAAUCACGUACUAUUUUUCUAUCAUAUUGUCCUGAUAGUAUUUCAUUUAUAACACAAUCAAAUCGCGUACUAUUUUUCUAUCAUAUCGUCCUGAUAGUAUUUUAGUUAUAACACAAUCAAAUCGCGUACUAUUGUUCUUUCAUAUUGUCCUGGUAGUAUUUUGGUUAUAGCACAACCAAAUCAUUUAACAUAUGAAGUGACAGGCAAACAUGGACCUUCGUUUGGCUUGUUUUGGGAAAAUGUAAUUAUGUAUAUAGUUAUGCAUAUAGUAAAAUCAUCAUGAUUCCAAUAUUUGAUUUGUACGUUGAUCUCUUUUCAGUAUGAUUAUUUGAAUUAGCUUUGUUAAUUGAUGUCGUUAUAAAAAAGUUAAGGUAAAAUGAACCACUUUAUCAUCUGUAAUCGCUAAGAGCUUUUCUGGAGAGCUGUUUAAUCAACCUUGAGUAUCAAAAAGACAUUUUCCAAUGGUAACGGUUGCAUAAUAUUUUUUAAACAUUCAAUUUCUUUGUAGGGUGUUGUUGUUUGAUGUUAAUAUGUUGGUCCUUACUUUAAGGACAUGCUAUUAUUUCAGCUACAUUAUCAUAGCAAAUGUCGUCUAUAAAGCACAAGACUUAUGCCGUUCUGUAUCAUUUUCGUAAUUAUAUAUUAUUAGAGUUCGAACUAUAGCUUUGUUGACGCUAUGAUAUUCUCUUGAUUAUUGAAGAUGAAUCAAUGAAACAGAUUAUGUAUAUUCAAGGUGAAUCAAUGAAACAGAUUAUGUAUAUUCAAGAUGAAUCAAUGAAACAGAUUAUGUAUAUCGAAGAUGAAUCAAUGAAAACGGAUUUUGUAUAUUGAAGAUGAAUCAAUGAAACGGAUUUUGUAUAUUGAAGAUGAAUCAAUGAAACGGAUUUUGUAUAUUGAAGAUGAAUCAAUGAAACGGAUUUUGUAUAUUGAAGAUGAAUCAAUGAAACGGAUUUUGUAUAUUGAAGAUGAAUCAAUGAAACGGAUUUUGUAUAUUGAAGAUGAAUCAAUGAAACGGAUUUUGUAUAUUGAAGAUGAAUCAAUGAAACGGAUUUUGUAUAUUGAAGAUGAAUCAAUAAAACGGAUUAAGUAAGACUUAUUCCCCUGGUAAAGACAUCAUUCUCUCCUUUUGAUGCUGUGCAUUCACAAUUUCUUGGUAAUCAUAGACAUUGAUAUCAAAUAGAUAUAGAACAUUUGCCUAGAAAAGGUCUCAAACAAUAUUUUAUGAUGAUGAAAAUGACAAAUGUAAUCCUUCCUUACCUUUGGGAUAAGACAGAAAAAUCUCAGCCCUAGGGGUAAGAUUCUUAAAAGUCUAGCUCAAAUCUUUAAUGAGGGCUAGCUAGACUUUUAAGAAACUUACCCCAAGGAUUGAGAUUUUUCUGUCCUAUUCCUAAAGCGGGAAAUUAUUUUUUUCCCUCGUGAAUAAAAAGAGUUUGUUUUUAUAAAAUGCAAACGUUGAUUUCAUAUUUUCCAUCAAAUCGAAAUUAUCUUUCGUAAUCUGCUAUUUUGACGUGACGUUAUACAUUUUUUUAUGGCAGGGGAAUCCCGGUGUUUUUGCCCUAGGGUAACAAAGAAAUAUCUGUUCUUGACCAGAAGUAUCGAUAUCUUAGUCUAAUAAGGGAGAAAAUAACUUAUGUUUAACAAUAUUUCAAGAGAAAACUAUCAGGCUUAUAAGUAGUAUUACGUUAUGUUAGCAAACAGCUGUAGACGCCAUGAUGUUUAUUGAAUGCUUUUAAUAAACUUAGAAAUUU